AUGGAGAAGAGGGGGAGGAAGGAGGAGGAGGAGGAGCAGGCGGUGGAGGGCCUCCCCAACGACCUUGUCUGGGAGUUCCUGUCGAGGGUGCCGUACCGGUCGCUGUGCCGCUUCAAGUCCGUGUCGACGUCAUGGCUCACGCUGUGUUCCGACCCUGCCGUCCGCCGAAGGUCGCCGCAGACGCUCUCCGGAUUCUUCGCCCUCUCCCGCAGCGGCACCAUCCGUUUCGUCAACCUGUCCGGGAGAGGCCGGCCGUUGAUCGACCCCUCUCUCCCUUUCCUGCACGGCUUCAAAAAUGUCAAGAUCCUAAAUUGCUGCGGCGGCAUCCUCCUCUGCCAUGGCAUUCGAGCAGAGCGCGCAGAAUACAUCGUGUGCAACCCCGCGACCGAGAAGGUCUGGGCCACGCUGCCCGUGCCCGAUAGCCAUGACACACCAUGUCCUCGGUUUCACGGCCGCACCAUUUGCUUGUGUUUUGACCCCACCGUUCCUUCUUGCUUCACAGUGUUUGUCAUCAAUGAUAAUGGUCACGCCAUAACCGCGACAGAUGUCUACUCAUCCGAUACCGGAGAAUGGACUUCCAUGUCAGGCCGAUGGGGUCACCGAGUUGUGGUGUAUUGCGGUGAACCACAAUACUUCUUUUUAAAUGACACUCUGCAUGUCACUGCCUAUGAUUCUCGUUUGGAGACAUUUGACUUGAACCAUAAUUCAUUAAACAUGAUAGUUACAGUGGACACGGGCGGGAAUACUUGGAGGACAACUCGACAGCCGCCCCAGACUGAAUUCACUUUCAUUGGGCUCUCUCAGGGACGCUUACAUGGUAUUGAGAUGGAAGAUGGUAAUGGUUGCCGGAUAUCAGUUUGGAUUCUUGAGGAUUAUGCUAGUGGGCGGUGGACCUUAAAGCACACAACCAGCAUUCUGGAUCUGCUAGGAAGGCCUUGUCUAGAGCACAGAGAGUACUACGUAUUUGUUGCACUCCAUCCAGAACGUAACCUUAUUUUUUUUAAUGGCGGGGUGGAACGAGAACGGACACUUAUGUCGUAUGAUAUGGAUACCCAGAAGUUGCAUGUUAUCUGCAAUCUUGAAGAUUAUCAAAUGCAAAAUUUUCGACCUUACACUCCAUGCUUUGUGGAAUGGCCGCUGUCAAAUGCUCACUGA